AUGGCACGCGAAAAUCAAAAGUCGGGGAGGAAAUUUAAGCCAAAGCCACGAAGGGCAACACCAGCAGAGAGGAGAGCGAGAAAAGAGGCAGAGGAGGCGAGGCUACAGUCUGGGGCCAAUGCUGCCGCUGCAGCUCAGGCAGCUAGACUUGGUAAGCUUGAGGAUUUUGUGUACAGAGACUCGAUACUUGACGUGGGGAAAAUGUUUUUGGAUCCUUUCGUGAGGUUUUUGGAUAGAUUGGAGUGUUGCUUGUGUGAAGAUCUGUGA